AUGUCGGACGAACAGAUCUCGCUGCCGUUCUUCGCCAUUGUCCUGCUUGUCUCGGGGCUGAUAGUGCGGUACCUCUUCUUCUCGGGCCCGCGCCCCGAACGGCCACCCGUGAGGACGGCCGAGCAGCUCAUCAGGUCAAGAGAGGUGGCGGUGCAGAGGAUACAGCAGAUGUUUCCGCAGGUCGAGCGACGGAGCAUCCUGUGGGACCUUCAGCGCAACGGCGGCAACAUCCAGAGCACCACAGAGCGGAUUCUGGCAGGACGUCUGGAGACGCCUCCUAUUACUUUCCAACCACCUCCGCUUCGAAACCAGUCCCCGCCGAGUGGCAGCUCUGGUCCUGCGGCGAAGCAGCCCGAGAAGCCUGCGCAGCCCGAUCUGAUUACGCGAUACAACCUCAAGAGCAAGGUUAGCGAGGCAGCGGCCACGGAAGAGGCGGCAGCGCAAGGCGAGCAAGACAAGAAGGGCAAGGGCUGGAGCUCCAAUCGUGAGGAGCGACAGGCUGCUCUGCAGCGACGAAGGGACGAGAUGAUUCUGGCGGCGAGGCGGAAGAUGGAGGCCAAGAUUGCGGCGGAGAAGGCUGCUCAGGGGUCGCCUUGA